AACCAUUAAUGUUUUAAUGCAAAUUAAUUACUUAAGUUAUAGACGUAAAACUACAUUUGUAGGACUUUAUACUGUAAGAGGUUAUUUGCAAACUUCAAGAUAAAUGCGUAAUUAACGAAAUUUUAGCUGUUUUAUGAAAGGUUAGUUUAAGAGUAUAUAGUGGUAAAUUAUUCACCAGCAAAAGAAAUGACGGGGCCAUUUGGAUAUUUUAUUGUAGAUGUGAAAACUCGGAAAACUAUUGCAAUUUGUACCGUAAUCAUUCUCGCGGCGUUUGCGCUAGGAAUUGCAAUCGGUUACGCCGCAGCAAGUGGACAAACGUCAAAAAGUAAUCACUAUCCGAAGAAAGCUUUUAGCGGGGCGGUUAGAAGAGCAUGCAUCGACUCUAUGCCACGAACUAAUACGACAAGACUGUACAAGCAGCGGUACUUUGAAACCAACAAUGGAAAGUACAGAUGUUUAACAAGUUCGAAUGCCUGCUGGGACAAUGGGCUACCGAGAAAUUAUAUCGCGUACCAUUUGAAUGAGAACAUGAUCAUAAUGGAUGGAAAAUUAGACGAGAAGGCUUGGACAGAGGUUCCGUGGAGUGAAACCUUUGUUGACCUGCGCAGUAAAGCCUACGCACACCCGUACUACGUCACGAAGUUUAAAAUGAGGUGGAGCAACGAUCGGCUGUACAUCGGGGCCUUUUUGCAAGAUAAAGAUCUUUGGGCCACAUUCACAUCUCAUGAUUCCAAAAUAUGGACAGAAAAUGGUUUUGAUAUUCUACUUGAUGUAGAUGGUUCAAUGUUUAAUUACAAACAAAUAGAAAUAAAUGUUCGAGGCGCCAUGAUGGAUUUGUUAAUGUACAAAUCAUACUGGGACGCUGAAGGGAAGAAAGUCCACAACAUGAGAUGGGAUUCAGGUGCAAAAAGGGCAGUUUAUUAUGAAGGAACGAUUAACUCGCCAUUAGACAAAGAUAAAUACUGGUCCUUUGAACUGUCUCUGCCGUUUAGGAAGCUGGCAGAAAACUCACGACGUUCUCAACCACAUCCCACUGAAAAUGAGGUUUGGUUCGCAGAGUUUGCUAGACCACAGCAAAACCUGCUUAUAAAUGAAAAAGGCCAGUAUGAAAAGGACCCAAACGGUACUGAAUUUUGGUGGGCAUGGCAGCCAUGCUAUACACUUCAUGGACAUCUGCAAGAUCGUUGGGGACUUGUUCAGUUUAAAAAGUCAAGGACGGAUAAAAUCUUUAGAUUUGAGAGAUGGCAUAUUUACAAAGCCCUCUUCGAAAUGUUAAAUGCUAUGAAACAGUAUAAAGCUAUAAAUGGGUUUUAUACAGAUGAAAUUGAAGAACUAGAUGUCCCUCCAUAUCUCCUUACUCGCACGUGCGUAGACAUACCCAAAAUCGACAUUUCGAAAAACAAAGCUGAUGCUAACUUCAAUAUCACUAUUAAGUCGAUGCUUUUAACUAACACAGCUGCAUUUAUCCGGUCUGAUAGGUAUGUGUCAUUUCUGUAAUUCUUGAGCCUUUUUCCGCUUCGGCAAAACAUAAAGCUAUUAUUAAAACAUGUUCAUCCAAAACCUAUUUCAAAAAAUUAAAUAAUAAGUUUAGGACCAGCAUUGAAAUCGAUAAUAAUGCUGUUCUGGUAAUCUAACCAAGUUAAAAAAAUCAAAUAAAAGACAUCUCUGUUCACGGGAGGAAAUGAAUGAAUAAAUGUGUAAAACGUUUAUGUCCAUCUCCCGCAUUAAUACCGACAACAGCUGGACUGAAAACUGGAAUAUGAAUGUUAAAUGAAUUGGUUCCAUAAUUUCAAAGGACCAGAAAUAAUUAUAUCACCAAGGCAAGGAAAAAGCUGACAUUUUACGGCCGCCACAAGGCACUAAAAGACCGUUAAUGAAAUCAUCAAGCUUUCAUAAAAUAAAAACAAUUUCUUACGCAAUUGCAGACUUAAACACCACAGAAGAAGUCUUAUUCCAUAUAUAUUUCGUUUAGGUAGGGAAUACCUUGUAACAGAUACUUCAUAAUCGUUAAAAUGUAAUAUUUUGUACAGUUUUUUCAAGUGCUUACUCUUUACGUUAUUUGUAUAAAAUCACAUGACAAUAUUUGAAUGUAUAUGUUUAUAUUGUAUGACAAAAACUGUACAGUUUACGAAAAUAUAAUAUUAUGUCUAUC